GAGAAAAAGUCUGUGUCCUUAAAGACGUAGGCGAGCGUAAAGUAUCAACACGAGAGCUGAGAGGAAAGAGGAAAAAAAAAACGAGAAAAAAAAAACAAAAAAAAAACGGGAAAGGCGUACUGAGUUGACCCAAGUGAUUGAGCAGGAAAGCCCCACUGAGCGCAGAGUGGGCUCUGCGUAAAGACCCGCAGACUCCAGAGACAAACUCAGACCUGAGACCAGUUUAAAAGCUGUCCAGGCUCUUUGAUCGCAUAUGACUGUGUGGGAGCUGAAUUAAAAGAGAGUCUCUUUGCGCACAAACAAGAGCAACUGUUGUGCAUCCCAGAGGUUUUACGGUCGGAGCCUGCGUGCUGAGGAAGACAUGGCCAAGUUAUUCCGAGCUGCUAUCAUGGGUCCUCCAGGAUCAGGGAAAGGAACGAUAUCUAAGAGGAUUGCAGACAGAUUCGGCCUGCAGUAUCUGUCCAGUGGCCACUUUCUGCGGGAUUGCAUGGCGGCGAAUACAGAGGCAGGUGUGAUGGUCAGGACCUAUGUAGAAAGAAGCAUGUUGGUGCCGGACCAUGUGAUGACCAGACUGAUGCUGCCCAGGCUGGAGCAGCUGAUGGGCCACAGCUGGCUGCUGGACGGUUUUCCCCGGACUCUGUCGCAGGCCCAAGCCCUGAACAAUUUGUGUCAGCUCGACCUUGUCAUCAGCCUCAACAUCCCCUAUGAGACUCUGAGGGAGAGACUGAGCGACCGCUGGAUCCAUCCAGCCAGCGGUAGAGUCUACAACAUGGGCUUCAACCCACCUCAAGUCAAGGGUAAGGACGACAUCACUGGGGAGCCGCUAAUUCAACACGAUGACGACAAACCAGAAGCCCUGAUGUCCCGACUGAGACACUACAAAGAUGUGGCCAAGCCUGUCAUAGACUUAUACAAGUCACAGGGAAUUCUGCACUCGUUUUCCGGCACAGAGACGGACCGUAUUUGGCCUUACAUCAACUCCCUCCUCAACACAAAGAUGCACACACAGCCAUCAGACGCCUUCCAGACUCGGACACCCUGACACUCCUCCAAAAGAAAAAAAAAAGCACCGGGAAAUGUCAGGAUGCUGCCAGGAAAAGUGGUUUGAUGUUUCCUCUUGCCGGCCUCAGCUUUCAGUUUCCUCAUUAACAGUGAGGUUUAGAGUGACAGACACGGACACUGAUCAAAACUGUCCAACAAGUUUGUGAUUCAGUAGCUUGUUUUUUUUUCCGUGCGUUAAGCUUUGUUGUGUUGAUUUCUGCUUUAUCUUAGCGAAAUGUUCACGUCCUUCAGGAAUAUUCAUAUUCAUUUUUGCUUAUCAUGAGUUUACACAGGCACUCCAAAAUAUAUUAAACCAAAAACAAAGCAGAAAAGGUCUCACUCCAGUAUCAGCUAUAUGAUAACAAUCUCUCAUAACAUAUUCGAAUGCACUUUAAAUUCUAAUUCUAUAAUAAAGCAAAUCAUUUCACAUUGUUGUCAAAGUAAAUAAACACAUUUUGGAGUGAAACAAUGAACAGAGGAGUUAUAGUUUAUCACUGAGCAUGAUAACAAAAAACAAAUUUUAUUAAAUUCAAUCUCACCACAGCCUUAACUGAUAGAUUCAAGAUGCAUUAUAGACAUUAUUUGGGCUCAUGUCUCUGAAAGUUAUGCAAACGUGUGUCCCAUGUAAUAUGCUGUGUAUAACGCCUACAAGUCAGCUGCUACAUUCGUAUGUGCCUGUUCUGCGGGGCUUUUUAUCAGCUCAGUGUUUGUAGAACUUAUCCAUCAAUUACUCAAAAAACAAAAAUGUGCACUGUUUAAACUUCUCUUCUUUAUCUUUGUGCUGAAUGCUGCAGGAUGUUAUGCAUUCUGCAGAAGUUAACAUGCAGGUGAGCCUGGUGAGGCUGGUGACUGGUGCAGAAAAGCCCCAGAAAUACUCAGCAUGCUCUGUGGCUGGGAUGAAGACCAAUGCACAGAAUGUAGACCACAUUCAAUAUUGUUACAUUCCAUUAAAGGAGCAAUUUGUAAAAUAUGGCUAGAAUUUAAAGGUAGCUCUAGAAAUAAAAGCGGCACUAUAUCACCAGAGUAACAGACAACCGCUGCUAGCUAUCCUUGGCUGUAGCUAACUAUCAACAGCAGGGAAGCAGGAAAGUCAGACACAGUUGAGAGUGCUGAGGCUUCAGUUUAUAUAAUGUUGUCAUUGUAAAUGUUUUUUGUAUUAAUUUGAAUUGCCUGAAUAGAAUGUAUCUAAUCAUUAUUAACAGUAAAUUUCAAUCAAAUCAAUUUGAUAAUGUUUUGCCUGACAGCAGAUGGCAAACUUGAAACAAACAUACUUUGACAUACAGUCAACGACAGGAAGGAGAUGAAGAAGGAGAAAAGUUCCCCGUCAAUUUUGCGAGUUAUUGAGUUGGGAAACAUUUCUGUAGUUGUUGUUCCCACAGCUAGACUCAGAACCGGGUCCAAACACAGCCUCUUAGUCCGUCAGUUUAAAGUGAGGGGAUGCAUUACAGAGGCAAUUUACAGAGACUCUGAUCAGAGCGACGGGUCAUGGCAGGAGGCAUAGAGAAGUAUGUGGCAAGAGAGGAGCAAGAUAAAGCCGGGCAUCAGCGAGCACAAACUACAUAUAGAACUGGAAUAUUUCCACAUCAUACACUCUUAAGCUUUAUUUUGACCAUGCCAGAGGUGACUGUGGAAAAACAGACAGUGUUUAAUGAAGAGUUUGAAUAAAGAGUGUUUCACGAUGAGUUAAUGAGGCUGUUGAGCUCGUAUUAGAUCGGGAAGAAAGAAACUUGAAUUAAGGGGGGGGUGCAGAUGUAUGUUUCUGUUAAUUAAGGAAGAUAGAAGUGAGAGUAUUUCAUUUCUUGGCAUGUUGUGAUUUUAUUUUGACUUUAUCUAUCGCACUGAAAGCUGAGAGAGCUUGAACAACGUAGCGACUGCAAAUUGCAUGUAUCACACAGUUGAGACUCGCCUCUUGUGGAACAAAGUAGUACUGCAGGAGGUGACAGGGGUAGUUGGUUAGCACGCUAACUUCAGUCACAUCUUUGACAUCAUGACAACACUGUUGUUUCUUCACACUGCUAAUAGUGUUUGCUAACUUUCAGGGGAAUUUUGAAACCAAAAUAUUCUCGCCAUGUUGCACAAAUUGCUCCUUUAAAUAUAAACGGUUGCCUUGAGAUUUCAAAUCAUCAAAAAGUCAGAGAUGAUGAUAAAAUGUUGUGUAUUGCAGGGUUUGUACAGCUUUAGAAAUCUUGCUGGAUAUAACUUUAGUAGUUUUUUUUUUAAUGUGAAAGAAAUGUGCCUGUUGCAGGGUGAAUGGGUGUAAAUGUUAUCGUUCUAGACUUUAAAAAGAAAAAUUCUAAGUGAUUGGUAAAGGUCUUGUCACACUUUCACGCCCAACAGAGUCACCUCUUCCAGAAAAAUGUAUAUUCCACCAAACCGCCCAACAUGUGAGCUUAUCUUUUGCAGUAAGCGCACUAGUGACAGUGCAAUGAAAAGAAACAAUUUAAUUGUUUUUCCAGCUCUGUCCAUGCUGCCUCUUCAGAUUUCAAUCUUCAUAGUCAAAGGUUAUCGCCUGAAAUUGAUUAUGAAGCAUCGAAAUAGCAAUGCACACCGAGUCAUCGACUGGGCGUAAGUAACCAGCUGCAAAAUGUACUUUUU